AGUCAAACUACCCAGUAACCUGAAAUUGAAGCGAAAAGGCCAACUUUCUCUCAAGAAAAUUGCAAAUGACGCUGUACGUUGUGCACUGACGUGCAUUAUCGACUGACAUCAAUAACUUGUUCGCAAACAUGACGUCCGAAGUCCUCGAGCAGCGGUUUGCGGAUUUGCAUGACCGACUUACAACCCUCCAAGAUGCCACAUCCCAGCUCAAGGAGUUGAUAGACCGCCUCGCCAACUUCAACUUCCAACCCGGUUCCGUACCCCUCGGUGCAGGGGAAGAUGACAAUGUCGGAUCGGAACUGAGCGAUGAAAUCAACCAGAUCCUCCGCGAGCAGGAGGAGGAGCUCGAACUGUUGAUGGAUGAGGCGGUGGAUAUCCCGCCGGGCAGGGACGACUUGCAGCAUGACAAGACCAGAUUGACGGAUGGGGCCCAGAGGCUCAAGGGGGAACUGCAGAGGUGUCGAGUGUCUUUUCGCAAAGCCCAAAUCACCGCCAAGCGCAACCUCCAACUCGCCCAAAAGCACGAACGCGAACUCCUCUUCGCCUCCUUCGCCUCGCCCCGAUCGGGUGCCUCCUCCCCUGCCCCGUCCAUCAAAUCCCGGCGUAGGCAACCCCUGGGCGGCAGCGAAAUGUCCAAAGAAGACCAAACCCUCAGCGCAAGCAGCGACGUGACACAGGCCCUAAGGCGAACACACGACAUGAUGGCCUCGGAGCUGUCGCGGUCCCAGUUCGCCCGCCAGACGCUGCAGGAAUCGACGGCGGCGCUCACGCAGCUGUCCGAGACGUACUCGUCGCUUGACUCGAUGCUAUCUAGUUCGCGGGAGCUGCUGGGGACCUUGAUGAAGAGCCAGAAGAGCGAUACGUGGUACUUGCAGUCGUCGUUUUAUUUGCUUGGGGCAACGAUUUCGUGGUUGGUGUUUAGGAGGUUUGUCUAUGGGCCCAUGUGGUGGCUUGUGUGGCUGCCCCUGAAGUUGGUUUUCAGGGGGGCGGUGGGGGUGUCGAAGGGGGUUGGACUACACGGUGAUGGCGGAUCGCUGGAUCUGGGGUUGGAGUCGCCUGGGGUGAGGCCCGGGGUGCAGUCGGUGGAGAUGAAUAACGAGGGGGUACAUACGAUACGGGGUGGUGAGGAGGAGCUCAGGCGGUCGCGGGAGACUGCGGAUCCAGAGUCGAUGACUGAGCAGGUCGGGCAGAUGAUUGACGAUGCGACGGAUGCCAAGGCUGCUUCGGAGGAACCUCCUAAAUCCGAACUCGAAGAAACGCUGGAUGCAAACAUGAAGGACGAGACGGUACUGAGGGAAUCCGAGGAUGAUGAACAACCGAACCCUGUGAAACGGGUCUUGGAGGAGGAGAUUCACGUGGAUACAGUACCAGAAAAUGAAAUAGCUAGGGACGAACUGUAGAUGAGAGAAAACAAGACACAUAUUUUGACAUUUUC